ACCUGGCCAUUACAGCGUUCCGGUAUGCUCUGUCCAAAUACAACGCCAUCUCAACCAAUCCCUUUGCUCUCACUUCCUAUGUGGACAACUACAUCGAUGUCUCAGAUAGCUUCGAACUCGCCUCAAAAAUAUGCGAGCGAAUGGCAGACGGCGUAUUCCUAUUCUUCGGGGUCAAGGACACGAAGUCCCUAGACAUUGUGCAGUCGUUCACUCGGACCUUCCACAUGCCCUACCUGUCCCCUAGCACCUCCGUGUGGACGGAGAAGUCCGCCGCGGGGUUUGAGGUCCACAUGAAACCUGACUAUACCUUUGCCAUUAUUGACAUGAUACUGUACUUUGGGUGGACGAAAAUACACUAUGUGUACGAUUCAGAUGAAGGUCUCCAGCAUAUUCAGAUGGUUCUGUCAGCGUUACGAGAUGUGUCAGAAAGCGGUGGGAGUGAUAGUCACGUGCACGUUCUCGCGCGAAGAAUUUACAACGUAGAGAACGCGCAUGACGAGUUACGUCAACUUGACAGAAUGGACCCUGACGUCAGUACCGACAAGGUCAUUGUGUUUGACCUUUCGUCAGAAUUUGCCUAUCGGAACAUACUACGUCAGAUUCCAGAAGUAGGAAUGAAUAAAGGUGGAUACCAAUAUCUUAUCGCAACAUUGGACUUUGCGCACCUGGACAUGCGGCGGUACAUGCACGGAGGUGUGAACAUCACCGGGUUCCAGCUGAUUGAUCUGCAAAGCAAGCAUCUCGAGGACUUCAUGAAAGACUGGGGCGGGGCUGAUCUGGGGCGAACAUACCCGGGCGUUGUACCAGAUAAACUGACGACAUAUGAAAAACGCACCAACAGUAGGGAUCGAACCCGUGACCUCCAAGUCGCUAAGCGAACACCAUAUCCACUACGCUACGGCGACGGUAUAGCAGAUUAUGAGGCGGCUCUAGCUGUGGACGCCAUCCACGUGAUCAGCCAAGCGCUACGAGGCAUGGUGAAGAGUAACUCUAAGAUCUUCCAGUCCACGUUCCGCCGGGGUAUGGUGUACAACUACAACCGGACCAAGGGCAUACCCUGUACCACCCAGCCGCCGGUGCCCUGGAUGCACGGGGAGGCCAUUAUGGAGCAAAUCAAGAUGCUAGAUUUUGAGGGCCUCACGGGACGAAUCAAGUUUAAUGAGGACGGAUUUAGGACCGACUACAAAAUGGACGUUUACACGGUCGGCCUUGACAGCGGACCCUUAAAGAUAGGCCACUGGAGCUCCAGAGACAGGUUUAAAAGCCUGUUUCGAAACGAAGAAGAUUUGAUCAUAGAGAAUAAGAAAAAGCCAAAGAUCGUUGUUUCGAUUUUGUCUCCACCCUUCCUAAUGGAAAAAACCGAGGAUAAGUCUGGGAAGCCUCUCGUUGGAAACGCAAAAUACGAAGGUUACGUAAUGGACCUGACCGAAAAGGUGAUGACGGAAAUGAAUAGGUUUGAGUAUUACAUCAAGGAGGUGGAAGACCGCCAGUAUGGAAGUUAUAUUCCUCAGAAUAAUUCCUGGAAUGGAAUGGUUGGAGAGUUGUUGACAAAGAAAGCCGAUGUUGCCAUAGCGCCAUUAACAAUUCUUUACGAUCGAGAAAAGGUUGUGGACUUCAGCAAACCUUUCAUGAACUUCGGUAUAAGCAUAAUGAUAAAGAAACCGGAAAUAGUAAAACCCGGUGUGUUCUCGUUCAUGGAGCCUCUGGAAAUGAAGAUCUGGAUCUGCAUUGUGUUCGCCUACUGUUCGGUCAGUGUAGGACUAUUUCUUGUAGGGCGGUUUUCGCCCUUUGAGUGGCAAAAUUCCAACGCCGGACCGGACGACAAUCAUUUUGGUAUCCAGAACGCGCUAUGGUUUUCGAUGGGAGCACUGAUGUUACAAGGCAACGAUGCUUGUCCAAGAUCUAUAUCCGGGCGCGUGAUCGGCACGUGCUGGUGGUUCUUCGUGCUCAUCAUCAUCUCUUCGUACACUGCCAACCUCGCCGCCUUCCUCACCAUCGAGCGCAUGUUCACGCCCAUCAACUCCGCAGACGACCUCUCCGUGCAGACUGAUAUCAAAUACGGAACGCUCUCUCAAGGAUCAUCAUUUGACUUCUUUAUGAAAUCCAAAGUUCCUACUUACCAAAGGAUGUACAACUACAUGACAGCGAAUCCUUCAGUAUUCGUGAACGAUGUGAACGAGGGUAUUGAAAGAGUGAAGAAAUCCAAGGGUAAAUACGCUUUCCUGCUGGAGUCGCCGACAAACGAGUACGUGAAUAGCAGAGAGCCGUGUGACACCAUGAAAGUUGGGCCAAACCUCAACUCGAAGGCGUUUGGCAUUGCGACCGCCAAGAAUUCGCCCUUAAGCGAACAAAUGAACCUCGCGGUGUUGAUGCUAAUGGAGGAGGGCGUGCUGCCGAAGUUGAAGAUCAAGUGGUGGAAGGACAAGGGCGUCUGUGGGAACGAGGGGAAGGAUUCCUCAGGUAAACGUGAGCUAUCACUAAGCAACGUUGCUGGUGUCUUCUACAUUCUCGUAGGAGGGUUAGCGAUUGCUGUUGUUAUAGCCAGCCUGGAAUUCCUCUGCUCAAAGACGAGGCUUCUCGAGACGGUAAAAAGGACUAAUUACAUGAAGGCCACUGAAACAGUGACAACGCUGUUGAGCGCUUCGAUGACCGAGAGGGAGAACGGUGAUCUAGACAGCCGAACGCUUGGUGCGAGUAACCACACUGAUAGACAGGAAACCUCUUUUAAUUACUCAACAGAGCCGCCGUGUAUAGGCUUCGAACAGUUCACCCGCAGCCAAACAGAGUUGUGACAAGCCCGGUGUGGCGUCACGAAGCAUCAAACAGAAGAAAGACGUCACUCGAAGUUGACAGAUCGACCAUGCGUUUAGCUCGAGACUUACAUCGAAAUGGGCUAGAGUUUGGGAAAAAACACUUAUCUGUUGGUCAGCGUUGUUUUUACCUACCGAUCAGAUGGUUUUUUUUAAAGUUGUGGGGGUGUCCAGAUUAUACCUAUUAUGCAGUUGCCACAUAUUGAGUUGACGAGUCGGGAGUCUAUAUAUUUACAGGAUACAUCUGCCAAUCCGAUGUUACGAAUCAGUCAAUUGACAGAGGACUAUCUCUGAAACAUUGUAGGACACGUAUCGAGUGGAAAUGGGACUUAUGCCAUUUGCGGCCUGUAUAGCUCCAGACCAGCACAGACAGAAGCUACCAUGUUCUCUAAAAAGUCACGCAAGCUUUCGUGGUCUAUUUAACGUACAGUGUAGCUCCUGACCAGACUGCGCGAAGGCUGUUCUGCAGCUACGCUGACCGCAUAUGGCAUCAUAUUCCUUUUUGCAUGAUGCGACUAAUUUUUUAAUUGACUGAUAAUUGCACGCAUUCUUUAAACACGUUACUUAAACACAUUGGCAAAUAGCUGUGGACAAACGCAAUACUUCGCAGAUCGACGUCCGUCAAUUGACCUAUAAUUCACUAAAUCGGAUUUGCAGAUAACUCUUGUAAAACUUAUCGGAUCUUUAAAAGGUUUCUUGGUGCAGAUUUGUCUUCCUGUAAAUUGUUGUACUUCCAACAGCAUUACACUAUCAAUGGUUGUUUGUGUUGACAUCGGAACUAGAAUUGUCACAUGUGACCCUGAAAAUAUUGCAUCAAAAGUGAGUGGAUAAGUACAUACAAAGAGCGGAAAUGGAAAUCUGGUGUCAAGUACAUGUAUUUAGUUGAAAGCGCUGAAUCUGUAUCGUAGUGCAAGAUCCAAGUUCAAACAUACCUGUGAAUUCGAAUUGUUAAAUGUUCACGAGGAAUAGUAAAUACUAAAACAUGUACGAUGGCCUUUGGAGGAUGAACUGGACAAAUAUGUUAUUUAUCGGCAACAUUUCAGUAGGAGACAUUUCAGUGGGACGAACUAUAAUUCCAGUUUUGAUUGCGAGGUAUGCAAUAUCAUUCGGACCAAAUCUUUGAUGGUGUCUGUGCGCAUUCUGUUACGACUUAUGCAAAUUUCGUGUUAUAAUAUCGAUAUUGCGUUUGUUUGUGUUCAACAUUUUUAUUUCAUAAAAUAUUACAUGUACAUACUGUUCCAA